UAGGAACACACGAAGUACUUUACCGAGAAAUUAGCAUAGCACCUGCUUGUAGUGGCAGAACUGUCAACUGAAGCGUCUACUUCGACGUUCAGAUAAGUCAGCGGGCAGCCGGUGACAACUGAAAGAACGGGGACAGUUUGCCGUUGAAUAUUUGUAUUUGGAAGGAAGACCGCGGUUGUUGAAACACAAUGGGACGCAGAAAGAGUAAAAGGAAGCCACCGAGUAAACGAAAGGCGAUCGAACCCCUUGACACCCAGUUCAACUGUCCAUUUUGCAACCACGAGAAAUCCUGCGAGGUUAAAAUGGAUAAAUCAAGGAACACGGCUAGAAUAACGUGUCGUGUAUGUAUGGAGGAUUUUCAAACAACCAUAAACCUAUUAUCGGAGCCUCUUGAUGUCUAUAAUGAUUGGAUUGACGCAUGUGAGACUGCCAACUAAACUGCAAUUGUAGCAGAA